UAUAUUCCAAUAAAGCAUUUCGUAAAGUAAACCAAUGAGAGUGCGAACUAAUGUUGUUCGGUUGAAGUACGAAUAUGUUAAGUGGUUUGAAUAUUCAUGCGUUGAAUGUAUUACUGUUUAACACAGAAGAUGGCAUCUACACGUGGUCCGAAUAUUUUGAUAACAGGCACACCUGGUACAGGUAAAUCUACUCUGGGCAACGAGUUGGCUGAGAAAUGUAACCUAACUUACGUCAGUGUUGGAGAAUUAGCCAAAGCCAAUUCUCUCUUCGAUGGAUGGGAUGAGGACUAUGGCUGCCCUAUUUUGGAUGAAGACCAGGUCAUCGAUGAAUUGGAAGAACAGAUGCAGCAAAAGAAUGGAACAAUAGUGGAAUACCACACAUGUGAAUUUUUCCCAGAACGCUGGUUUGAUGCUGUCAUUGUACUAAGGACUGACAAUACCAUUCUCUAUGAUCGACUCCAAAGCAGAGGAUAUUGCGGCAAGAAAUUGGAGGACAAUAUACAGUGUGAAAUAUUCCAGACAAUUCUAGAAGAAGCUCGUGAAUCCUAUAAACCUGAAAUUGUCCAGGAGUUAGCAAGCAAUACACCGGAUGAUAUGGAAAAUAACUUAAAUAAAAUUGCAACAUGGGUCGAGCAGUGGAGACUAACCAACUAAAAUAUUUUUUUAUCUCAGUAUUUGUGUUUUAGUCUUGUCUGAUUUGUAUUAAUAAAUUAUAUAUAUUCUA